GCCAGUUGAAGAAUGGAGCAAAACAAUGACGAUUACAAGCUGAUCUUCGAGAAGGAGGGAGUGUACCUGCACACCAAUGCUAAAAAGAGUAACCAGGACACUAGCAUCCCUGGGUUCAUUCGCGUUGUCGAGAGGGCCGGAGUGCCAGCUUUGGAAUGGAGUCCACUAGAGGACGAAGGCGGCUCUGCUCCCGCUGUUCUCUACUCCAAAAAGGAUGGAGAGGAGGAUACAAACUUUGACCCCGGCUACGAGCCGGACUGGGCCAUCAUCAGCACUGUGAAGAAAGACAGAGAACAUGUCCCCGUCAGAGAGUCAGGUCAGUGGUCCUUCUCCUUGCCUCUGUCAGAGCUCUACUCUCUAAGGAGGGCCCGCUUCUCCCUGGGUCGGAACUUCCUGGUGUUGACCAGCAGAGGGGGCCACCCGCUGCCUCCCUUGCACUUCCACAGGGGAGGAAGCAGGGAGCUGCUGCGUGCCCUCAGCCGCUACAUCGUCCUGGACCAGUCUCCAGUUGAUGGGCGUCUCUUCCUGGCGUACCCUCAAGACCCCAACGCUCUCUCUCAGUCCUUCGAUAAGCUGCACCUCUUUGACGACGGCUCAGAUCUCGUAUCGAGAUUCAUCCAGGACCCCUAUGCAACCACGUUUGGCGGAUUCUCCAAAGUCACCAACUUCUUCAAGGUGGCUCUCAAGCCUCCUGACUCCUCCAUACAUCAUCAACGUAAUGCUCAGGAUCCAAGUAUGGCCCCUCAGUUUGAUGAGGAGCCUGGCUUUGAGCUCAUCACCUGUGGGGUGGAGCUUGGCCCCAGGCCAGUUGUAAGCAGAGGACCACCGCUUGACAAAUGGGAGGAGUUUCUGGACCCCGAGGGUCGCGUUAAGAACCCGGAGAGAGUCAAAGAUCUUGUCUUCCGAGGGGGGAUCAAAGCAUCGCUACGGAAGGAUGUGUGGAAGUUUCUGCUGGGUUUUUAUCCGUGGAGCAGCACCUUUAAAGAGCGGGAGGACAUUUUACGUGUCAAAACUGACGAGUACUUCAGGAUGAAAGUGCAGUGGAAGUCUGUCAGCGAGGAGCAGGAAAUGAGGAACUCGCUCCUGAGGGGAUACAGAAAUCUGAUUGAGCGAGACGUCAACAGGACAGACCGACACAACACCUUCUUCUCCGGGAACGACAACCCAGGCCUGGCUCUCCUCCACGACGUGCUGAUGACCUACUGCAUGUACAACUUUGAUCUGGGGUACGUGCAGGGCAUGAGCGACCUCCUCGCUCCUCUCCUGUUCGUCACCCAGAACGAGGUGGAGUCCUUCUGGUGUCUGACGGGCUUCAUGGAGCUGGUGCACCACAACUUUGAAGAGUCCCAGGAGGCCAUGAAGCAGCAGCUCCUUCAGCUCAGCAUCCUGUUGAAGGCUCUCGACCCGGAACUGUGCGACUUCCUGGAUUCUCAGGACAGUGGCUCUCUUUGCUUCUGUUUCCGCUGGCUGCUCAUCUGGUUUAAGAGAGAAUUCUCCUUUGAGGACAUCCUCCUGCUGUGGGAGGUGAUGUGGACUCGCCUGCCCUGCGACAACUUCCACCUGCUGAUCGCCUGCGCCAUCCUGCAGUCGCAGAGAGGAGAGCUGAUUGGCUCCGACCAUGACUUCAACACUAUCCUAAAGCACAUUAAUGAGCUGACCAUGAAGUUGGACCUGCAGAGCAUGCUGCGUGGAGCUGAGGCCAUCUACCUGCAGCUGCUGCAGUGCAAGGAGCUCCCCCUCAAGGUGCAGGAGGUCCUGGGCCUCUACGUGCCGUCCAGCUCCGAGGACGAGAGCUCCGACUCCCAGGUUAGCGAGACGCAGCGUCCCCUCGGCCAAUCGUGUGACGCCGCAUGCGCUCCUCCCUCUCCCCCUCCUUCCCCUUCUCCCCCCCGCUCGUAAACCAGCCACCAAGAAGUGUGUGUAUCACCAAAAACAUUAACUACAAAAGCCUCUGAGGAGACUCUUUUUGUUUGUUUGUUUGUUUGUUUGUUUGUUUUAAUAUGGCGGACGCAGAGCAACGCCCAAACACAGAAAUGAUCCAAAACCAAAACCAGUAUUAAAAAAACAUCACAGGGAAAAUAUGCUUGUUUUUUAAUUUUGCAUAAUUUUUCUUUUGUUUUUAUUCUUGCUGCGUUUAUUUUUAUGCUCUUUUUUUUUUUGGGAUGAUUUCUGUGUUUUGAGCGUAGUUAUUGCUGUGCGUCAGCAGUAGGAGGCGAUGUGGAGUCACGCCCACGAAUGUCAGUCACUGUGCUCUCUCUCUCUCUCCUCCUCAUCCUCUCUUUUCCAUUGAUGCUGCUCUUAUACGUGGUCUUGUGUGUCUCCUACAAAGGGAAGAAGACGUUAAUGAAGGACUUUUUGCGUACUGUGCGAUGGAGCCUAUGCAAAGUAUGAUGUGCAUGCCUUUAUAGAGUUCACAUUAUUUUAACCUUCUUUGCCGUCUGCUCGUUACUACCGAAUAAAAAAGGUUGAUGAA